AUGACUAACCCUUAUUUACAAGAGAACUCGACUUCUUCCAUGUUUAUAAAUACUAGGAGCAGCGUGUUGAUUGUGAUUGAUACGACCAGACAGCCUACUGACUUACAAGACGGUAUUUCAAAGCUUAUUUCUUAUGCACCUCAUGGAAAUCUAGUAGACGAAAAUGCCAUGAAUGAAGAAAUGAGUGAAUUCAAGUGGCACAUUGAUUUUAUAUAUGACGCUGGCUUGGUUGAAGGAGAAUAUAUCUGUAAGAGCAACUAUAUCAACUACGCCGAAGUAUUGCCAGGAGAUCGAUUUGAAAUACAAGUGACAUAUCAUAGAAAGAUUGAUGCCUUUCGCGCCAUUGGAAGACUUUUGGCAGCAGCACGAAACUCCUACCCAAUAAUGCAAGGAGAGCAUGGUCGUCUUGUCAACUUUAGAGAAAAGGCUCAGUUUGACACACAAGGGGUUAUGAUUGACUGUAGUAGAAAUGGCGUGCUACGACUUCAAAACAUUUAUUUCUUGUUGAAUAACAUGGCUCUUAUGGGCUUAAAUAUGCUCCAACUUUAUACAGAGGACACAUAUGAAGUGGAUGGUGAACCAUUGUUUGGAUACCUUAGAGGACGAUAUACAAUGAGAGAGUUGUCCUUGGUAGAUGAUUAUGCCUUUGAUCUAGGAAUUGAAGUUAUACCAUGUAUUCAAACCUUGGGACAUAUGGGUCAGGUAUUACAGUGGCAACAAUAUGCUCAUUUGCGCGAUAACUUUGAAGUACUGCUUCCAGAAUCAGAACCGACCUAUGACUUUAUCGAAAAAUUGAUUGUAUCAGCUGCAAGACCAUUUAGAUCCAAGAGGAUUCAUAUCGGCAUGGACGAGGCUCAUGGAGUAGGCGAAGGACGCUAUCGUCACUUGUAUGGAUACAAGGACCCAAACUUGGUAUUCAUGGAACAUUUGCAAAAGGUGCAUGAAAUUUGUACAAGAAAUGAUCUUCAACCUAUGAUUUGGUCAGAUACUGCCAAAAAUAACUCAUUACAAGGUUAUUACGAUGAAUUGAAUAAUCCUGCAUCAUCCGAACUACUCGAAAAGAUUCCACCUAAUCUUGAUUUGGUCUUUUGGGAUUACUAUCAUACCAAUCCGGAUACUUAUGCUCAAAAGAUUCGUCAACAUCGGGAUAUGGGAUGCUUGAAGCCCUGGAUUGCAACUGGUGUCUGGACCUGGACUAGAUUUUGGGCCGCAGUACCUUUUUCUUUAAAAGCAAUAAGAGCAAGUAUGAUUGCUGCUAAAAACAAAGAAGAUGGUGUACAAAAUACCUUUAUUACCACUUGGGGAGAUGAUGGAAACGAGUGUGAUAUCUUUUCAGCAUUACCUGCACUUCUUUAUUAUGCUCAACAUGGAUACUGUGAAGAUACUGAAGUUGACAUUGAGUUAUUAAAGCUUGGUUUUGAGGGAAUAUGUGGUGCUGAUUUUGAUGACUGGACAUUUGCAUCAAAGAUUGACGAUACCCCUGAAGGAAUAUCCGUGACACCAAACACAAACUAUAUGCCAAAUAUGAGCAAAUGGUUGCUGUGGGAAGACCCUAUGCUUGGCUUUCUUUCGCCUCAAUAUGUGGAUGAGGACUUGGAGUCCCAUUAUGCUUUAAUUGAGCGCCAACUAUCAAAAGCGAUUGAACUUAAAAAACUGUCUGCCCCACUUAAUGAGAGACUAGAGCUACCCAGAAGAGUUGCUAAAGCACUUUCGUUAAAGUGUUCUUUACGUAAAUACUGUGUAAACGCUUAUAAGAGAAAAGAUCAUACACUCUUGUUAGAGUUAGCCCAUGGUAGGUUAAUGCUUUUGCGACAAGAAGUAGAUGGCUUAUGGAAAUACCAUCGCAAAAUGUGGAUGACAACGUAUAAGCCAUUUGGUUGGGAAAUGCUUGAGAGUAGAUACGGUGCGCUUCGAUCGCGAUUAGAAACAAUGUUUGAUAGAAUUAUUGAGCAUACUGAAUACGUGCGAACCAUAAAGAUGAACGGAACCUUUGGUCAAGAAGAAGAGGACGAAGAUGAAAGGGCAAGGAUACCUGAAUUUGAAACCACAUUGGAAUGCCUGUACAGUGGAGCUAAAACCAACUUGUUAUUGGAUUACUCGCGUGCAGCUUUCCCCUCGCGUCUUGGGUAA